CGAGGAUCGACUACGUUGCCGGCUGCUUCUAUAAAACAUCGAUUUAAUUUAAUACCCUUUUAUUCGCUACGAUUAUCAUUCACAUUCGAAACAAUCGUCUGUGUGCAGAUCUUAUAUUCUUUGUACACUCGACGACGCAUGAUUAAUCAGUAAUACUUGAAACAAACCUGUGCACCGGUUUGCGGUUCCCGCAAGAAGAUGGAAAAACGCCGGGGACGCUCGUGCUCCGCGAUCUCCCGAUCGACUUCGACUAUUUUUAUUCUUCUGCUCCAUUUGACCAUUCGGAUACCUGAAGGCGUUUCGGGGGUCGAGACGAGAAUGGAAGGUCAGUUCGAGAGAUGCUGCGGCCUCGGCACGUCCUGGGCGAAGGAGGGUUUGCGAUGCGAAAAAUUCACUGGACCGGUAAGCGAUGUGCCUCGAGUCGAACAGGGAUUGUGCCUCGAAGCCGUUGACAUCUGUUGCGUACGUGCUCAUCGCGAGAAAAGCUGCGAGAAAGGGAAAGCAGACGCCAGGGCUGGACUUGCUUGCGUUCAGGGUGAAAGUUCCGACAAAUCACCGUGUCCUGACGAUCAACACAGAGAUUGCUGCGAGGCCUGUAAAUUAGGUAUCUUGACUGGCUCAAUGGGCCAGGGUUGCGGUUUCAAAUCGUUUGCCUUUGGUAAGCCGUGGGAUCCUGCAUUCAUGGAAUGCUGUAAGGAGGCAUCGCCAACGACGACCGAUAGCGAAACGUCAUCGACACCAAUAUUUUCAACCGAUACAACCACCGAUUUUAACGUUACGACAAGCACGUCUUCGCUCUCGUCAGACCCUACGUCGGAUUCUACGUCACAAGAAUAUCCUACACCAGCUCUCGACGACAUUUGCCAGUUGAUGAGAGGUCUCCUGUGCUCCGACAUUUGUGUGCCAACGCCUGGAUCUUUUUACUGCAAGUGUCCCGACGACUCCAUACUCCUCGAAGACGGAAAAACCUGCAGAAAAAAUAUUCCUGAAGACAGAUGCAAAAGUAACAGUCCGUGCUCGCAACGUUGCACCGACACCGGCACCGAAAUAAAGUGCAGCUGCAAUCCAGGCUUCGUUCUCGGCCCGGACAACCGCACUUGCUCUCCAAUAACAGAGCGAUUCGCAGCUCCGACGGAAGACAAUGAGCCCGAUCCGAGAUGUCCCGCUGGCUACGAGUACAACAAAACCGCCCAGGUCUGCGAUGACAUCGACGAGUGUGCCGAAAGUCCUUGCCCCGGAGACUGCAAAAACCUCGUCGGAUCGUACGUGUGUCUCAAGGUGAUGAGCGCGGAAAAGGAAGAGGAAGCACGUCAGGAAAGCUGUCCCCCCGGUUACCAAUGGGAUUCGGUGACGCAAUUGUGCACAGACAUCGACGAGUGCCUCGAGUUGAGCGGAGCUUGCAACGAAGAAUCUCAUUUGUGUGUAAAUACUCAGGGGAGUUUUACUUGCCAUGAAUUGAGUGGUCCGAAGGGCUGUCCCGCAGGUUUCAAAUUCGACGUCGCAACGAGGCUCUGCAAAGACGUGGACGAAUGCGCCGAAAGGAUACACGGGUGUUUACCGGAAGCUGAGGAAUGCAGGAACAUCGAAGGCGGAUACGAGUGCGAUAUGAAGUGUCGCAAAGGCUUCGCUUUCAGUCACAGACUCGGUCUAUGUUUGGACAUCGACGAGUGCACGGAGUCGUCGCACCCUUGCCCGGACCCGGAGACGCGUUGUGUGAACAAAGUCGGAAGUUACGAGUGCAGAAAAUCACAAAAACUUGCGACAAACGUUUCGAAAAUAAUGGCGACCGGAAGCAGUGGAAUUCCAGCCGACUGUAGAAACGGAAAAGGUGAAAAUGUUUGCCCGGAGAAAAAAGAGAACUUGAUCGACACGAAGCGUGAGAAGGCCGGAGGAAAAAUACAGAGGGAAGAAGAUUGGCCGAAAGAACCGGAAGCAGCGGGCAGCAAUUACGAGAAAUUCGUCAUCGAAGAUCAAACAUUUUCGGACCCGAGUUCCAGCAUGAGGAACAACGUACUGGACGACGAAACUUUCCCGAGCAAUUGUCCUCCUGGAUCAUUUUACAACCGGGAAAGAAAGACCUGCGAGUGCCACGCAGGCUUCGAAAUCGAUCCUGUCAACGGGGAAUGCAGAGACCCUUCAAAAAACGCGACGAAGCCGAUACUGUCAACGUAUUCGGAAGGGAGGGAGGAAAAUCCGUGUGCCUUGGGUUACAAGCGAGAUAGUUUCGGCUGCGUGGAUAUUGACGAGUGUUCCGAAGGUCCGGGUUGUCAGAGCAACGAGAGAUGUACGAAUUUUCCGGGAGGUUAUAAUUGCGCGCCAUUGUGUAGCGACGGUUGGCGUUGGGAAGGAAGGAGAAAGAGUUGCAUCGACGUCGACGAGUGUUUGGAAGCUCUUGACGACUGUCCCCGCGAGACUCAUCGAUGUGUCAACAAAAAUGGGACUUACGUUUGCGAAGAGCUGGAGUCAUGUAAAUCGGGUUAUCGUCGAAUAUACAACGGGAGUUGCAUCGAUAUUGACGAAUGUGUGGAAGGCCCGGGUUGCCGAGAGCACGAGCGUUGCAAGAAUUUGCCGGGACGUUACGACUGCGAGUUGUUGUGCGUCAAGGGCUGGCGCUUCGAUCCCUCGAGCAAAGGUUGUUCGGACAUUGACGAGUGUCUUCUGGGCCUUCACGACUGUCCCCAAAGCUCUCAUCGUUGCGUUAAUACCAAUGGGACUUACAGCUGUCAAUUGAUACCACCGUGCACUCCCGGCUUUCGUAAAAUGUUCAACGGGAGCUGCGUCGACAUCGACGAGUGCCUUGAAAAUCUUCACGACUGCAAACUCAACUAUCAUCGAUACUGCGUCAAUCGCGAAGGCACCUACGAAUGCGUCACUCGUUAUCCGGAGUGCUCAAAGGGAUUCGAAUAUUCUCUACGGUCACGCAGCUGUCAGGAUAUCGACGAAUGCUCCAGAGGCGAAUACACUUGCGACGCCAGGUUCAAUGAGAAAUGCGUAAAUUUACCUGGCUCUUAUAAAUGCGAGAGACCUACCUUCAGCUCGCACGGAAAACGGCAAAAACCAGCUUGUCCCAACGGAUACCGUUACGAUAGCGCGAGAAGAGAAUGCACUGACAUCGACGAGUGUGCCGAAGGAUUGGACAGUUGCGGCGAUGAGGUGUGUUACAAUCAGCCAGGCGGUUACAGUUGCGCCCGAACGCCAGCGCCAAUCCCAAUGAAGCCGAUCCGGCAGCCAGCGAAUCAGGAGAAACCUUCGGCCGACGAAAACUGCCAACCAGGGAUGAGAUACAUGAGAAAUCGUGGCUGCCUGGACGUGAACGAGUGCGAAGAGGACGACGAGGCUUGCUCGAGUAACGAACAGUGUGUCAACACGCCCGGAAGUUUCACGUGCGAGUGCAAGCUCGGCUUUCGUCGGGACAAUUUGACCCAGGCGUGCGUCGAUAUAAACGAGUGUCAACUGCUGGAAAAUGAUUGCUUAUCUACUCAGAGAUGCGACAAUACUCUCGGAAGCUAUAACUGCGUCAGAUAUUUACCGUGCGGAACAGGAUACACGCUGAAUGCGGCUACCGAAAUCUGCGAAGACGACGACGAAUGUGUCCUCGGGACUCACGACUGCAGCGGCGGCUACCACUGUCGAAACACUCUGGGAUCUUAUCGAUGCGACAAAAAUCCACGAUCCUCGGGGUCUCUCGCUUCCCCGAGAACUGCACCCGUCACCUCGAGAAUCUACGCGACCACUCCUUCGUCCAUUUUGAGCACGGGACCGCGGGGCAUCUGCCCACGCGGUUUCGUCGACGGCCCCAACGGCCGAUGCAUCGAUGUCGACGAAUGUUCCAGAUCCGUCAAUCCUUGCGCUCGAUCAUUGCAAAAAUGUGUCAACACUCUCGGAUCGUACAAGUGCGUUUCGAGAGUGCUCUGUGGCAACGGUUACACUUUGGAUCCCGAGAGCAAUUCACAUUGCGUCGACGUAGACGAAUGUGCGGAGGGAACGCACGAUUGUCGCAAAGGUCAAACCUGUCGAAAUCGACAGGGCGGAUACAUUUGCGAGUGCCCGCCCGGUCACGUCACAGGCCCGAACAAAGACUGCGUCGACAUCGACGAGUGCAGUAUUUACGCGAGUCAAAGUUACGGCGGCGUUUGCGGGACGAACGCUCGCUGCGAGAACACCGUCGGCUCGUUCCGUUGCGUGUGCGAGUCCGGAUUCGAAAACGUUGCGCACGGAUCCGGAGUCUGUCAGGACGUCGACGAGUGCGCGAGGAGCCCCGGAUUGUGUCAACACGAUUGCGUCAACGCUUGGGGAAGCUACAGGUGCACUUGCAAACCGGGAUUCCGUCUCAACCCCGACAACAGAUCCUGCACCGACAUCGACGAGUGUGUCGAGUUCAAGGAAAAUAAUUUGUGCAUCGGGAUUUGUGAAAAUACCCCGGGAAGCUACGCUUGCAGCUGCCCCAACGGUUACAAACUCAGCCCCGACGGAAGAACGUGUCAAGACAUGGACGAGUGUGCUUCCGGGCGUGUGUGCAGAGAUCCUAGCGAAAUGUGUCAAAACACACGUGGAAGCUUUCGUUGCAACAGGAUAGACUGUCCGACCGGAUAUUACAGAGAUCGUGAGAGAAAAAAUCGAUGUGUGCGGACUUCGCGUUACUGUCCGAGCGGCGACCUCGCGUGUUUCCGUGCCCCGUCACACUUUUCUUACAAUUUUAUAACGUUCGUAAGUAUGUUGCCGAUUCCAUCGACGGGAAUCCUCGAAUUGUUUACGAUGAGAGGAACGCACUUGCCGGGAUCAACGGUCCAAUUUUCAAUGGCGUUGGUCGACGCGCGUGCUCCUCCCGGUGUCACGAGAGCGACUGAGUCUUGUUUCGCGCUUAGGCGACCAACGCCGUCUCAGGCCGUUCUUGUACUGACGCGAAGCAUCCCCGGCCCCCAAGAAAUCGAGCUCGAUCUUAGCAUGGAAAUUUAUCACAAUGCCGCAUUCGCCGGAAGUGCUGUCGCCAAACUCUUCAUAUACGUUAGUCAGUAUGAAUUUUAAUACUUCGAACCAAAGAACGAGAGCAGAAAAAGUUUAAAUGAGCGAAUGAAAAAAAUCCUUGCGACACUUCCGUUAGAAUAUUGUUUGAUAUUCGCAUUAAAAAAUCGUUGAAACGAUUUUCAAACUUUUUUCGAAAUCGCAAAAACGAUAAGGCUCCAAAGGAAAUCAUCUGCACGCUGCAACAUCUUAUGAAUUCAGAUCGAUGUUUUCGUUCUGGACUGUAAAAAAAUUGAAAUUUCGGAGUGCCAUCUACUUUUCUGGCGACACAUCGAGUGCUUCCGAAAAAAAAAGUUUUAGUGUUCAUGCAAAGUGCAAAAAAGUGAACACUGAAUAAUGCUUCUCGUCGAUAGAAUGUAUUUAGAAUAAUGAAGGAAUGCAAAACGAUUUGUAGGUUUAAAAUAUUGUACUUCGUGUAAACUCAGUGAAUGUGAAACCCCAAUACAAUUAAUGUAAAAUAAAUCAUUGACACGUGUUCUGAGA